UUCAAUGCAAAAUCUGCUUCUUUCCAGCUAUUCGGCAAGCUGAAGGCACAGAUGGAUGGCGCCACGCUAAAACGUAAGGUAGUGGGUAUCUCCGGCGACGUGACAGUGACGAACCUGGGUCUGUCGACGGCCAAUCGUCAGCUGCUUGUUGACCGCGUGUCGAUCGUGUUCCACGCCGCGGCGACCAUACGGUUUGACGAGCCUCUGAAGCGAGCGGUUCUGCUCAACACUCGGGGCACCAAGUUUGUUCUGGAGCUCGCCCAGGAAAUGAAGAACCUCGAGGCAUUCUUGCACAUCUCCACAGCGUACUGUCACCUGCACGAGCGAGUCCUGUACGAGAAGCUGUACCCCCCUCCUGCCGACCCCAACAAAAUCAUCAAAUGCGUUGAAUGGCUGGAAGAAGACGUCAUCAGUGCUAUGACCAAGAAAAUACUCGGCAACAUCCCCAAUACGUAUGCCUACACAAAGGCCCUGUCUGAAGGUUUGGUAGCAGAACAGAUGGACAAGUUGCCUACCAUAAUCCUCAGACCGUCCAUUGUGAUACCAGUAUGGAAUGAACCACUGCCAGGGUGGACUGAUAAUAUCAAUGGACCUACAGGAAUUCUAAUAGGAGCAGGCAAAGGAAUCAUCCGUACUAUGUACCUCAACCAAGAGGGAUAUGCAGACUUCCUUCCUGUAGACACUGCAGUUAAUGGUGUACUCAUAGCUGCAUGGAAUUUCAUCAGCAAUAAGGAUCGUGAAAGACGAGUAUACCAUCUCACAACUAGUUCAGAAUUGAAAGUAACAUGGGCAGAAAUCAUUGAACGGGGCCGUAAAGUAAUCAAAGAGGAGGUGCCUUUCAAUGGAGUGGUGUGGUAUCCAGGGGGCAGCAUGAAGAAGAGUAGACUUCUUCACAACAUAUGUAUGAUUCUGUUCCACUUGCUACCAGCCUGCCUGAUAGAUGCACUUAUCUUCCUGUCAGGAAACAAACCAAUUUUGCUACGAGUUCACCGCAGAAUCAACAAAGGCUUUGAAGUGUUUGAGUACUAUGCAAACAAACAAUGGGACUUCAAAAAUGAAAAUGUUAUAGAACUACGGAAAAGACUAAAUGAAAAAGAGAAAACAAUAUUCAAAAUUGAUUGUAUAGGUGUGGAUAUCAAUGCAUACAUUGUACACUGUAUACAUGCAGCUCGCUUGUACAUUCUCAAUGAACCACCAGAGACACUUCCAGCAGCCAGGAGGCACAUGAAAGUAAUGUAUUGGGUGGACAUAUUUACUAAACUGAUCUUGUGUGGUUUCCUGCUCUGGGCACUUGCAUCAUGGUCAGAAAGUAUCCUGGAUGGUAUACAUGGCAUGUUCAAUUUGGUCAGCUACAUUGUAUCAUCUGGUGGCUCACACAAGACUCAACACCACAUCACUUAAGAGCUUCUACAAAAAAGAUGGACUGUAGACCAAUAUCAAACACUUAGUAUGGUUUUUAAAUGCUAUUCGGUGUACUAAUUUUACCUCAUUCCUAUGUGUAUGUAAAUACUAUAUACAACAUAUUAGUGAUCUAGUACACAUGUAACUUACGAAACACUGACAUAGAGCAUUACUUUCCAACAGAACUAAAUUUAAAGCUCUAUAAAUUGUGCCUCCCAAAUUAUUUGUAUUUUUCUCAUGUCAGACCAAUAUUCUACCAAAAAUAGUACCACAUAUUCACACACCAUUUUCUGAACAAGCAUGACUAAACCAGGCCUUAAUUUAUUAGUCAAUGAAAAGUAUUAAUAUGAAGCUAAUCUGGACAUAGGUUUUAAAGAAUCCUUCUUCUAUUAGUAUAUUACAUAUAAUUUUUCUACUAAUGAAAAUCCAAAUAGCUUUAACUAUUAAUAAUGGAAAUAUUUAUUUUCACUGAUCAUCUCCAAUACAAAAUAGUCAGUAUGGGCCAGUGAAAUAUCCAAUGAAAAAUAUCACUUAGAAGAAUUAGGCAUAUGUGGGAGGAUAUUAAAAUGAAUCUUAGGGAAAUAUGGUGGAAGGGUUUAUAUUGGAUUCAUCUAGGUUGGGAUGGGACCAUAAGGCAGACUCUUGUAAACAUGGUAAUGAACCAAAUCAGUUUAGAAGCAAACUGAGAACGAAUUUUUUAAAUAAAAUUAUAAAUAGUGGAUAUGUAUUUAACAAAGAAAGAAAGUAAUGCAAAUAUAAUCCAACAGAACCAAGAAACCAAGUUAUACAAACUUUUGAAUCUGUUAUCUACCACAUAAUCUAAGAUAAACAAAUCAGUAGUUUUAACCCUACUGGUUCUAAUUGCAACAAAGAUUCUGCUCAAACACACAAAAGAUGUUAUUACUUUAGCAGUCAUGCAGUGUGUUAAUGUAGUCAAUGGAUACACCACCCUUUCAGUUAAAUAAAUUUCACUGCUCAAAACUUUGGUUUUGUUUGGUGUAUUUGAAGAGUUUUAGAAACAUGUCUUCCAGUAUUGUAAAGUAAAGUAAAGAAUGUGGGUGAUGCAGGUCCAUGUCAGCGUCAUCCCCUGACAACACUUUACCCCUGGAAAGGACUCUGGUACCCACUGGACAGGAGGGUGGGUAGGCCAGAGCCUGUCUGGAUGCAGAGGCUACAGAAAAAAUCUCUGCCCAUUUGCUGAACCCGUCAACCAGUCCCUAGUCAGUCACUAUACUGACUGAGCUACCCAGCUAAUUCCAGUAUCAUGGAGUCCAUUUAUAAAUUAAUGUUCUAAAGACUUUCAAAAUAGUUACCAGCAUAAUAUAUUAUGAUGCAUAGUCCAGAGAAAGUGUACUGAGUUUGUCAAAUGAAAGAAAAUUGCUUGUACAUGAAGAAUGAAAAAUUAAAACUUUUUUGUCUUCAACAUUAGUAAAUACAAUAGGAAAAAUCCAAAUGGGCAUUUGCAAUGGCUAGAAUUUGCUACCUACAUUUGAAAUUAAACAAAAUCAGAAAAGUUUUACUACAGUCAGGGCUCAACUGUUUCAUUUCUGAGACAGAAGUUACUGAACUUAUUUACAGUUAUGUUUGUAUAACAUCUGGAAUAACAGUGCAGACACACCAGAGAUUGAACUGACAAAAGAGGUGGAAAUUCCUUUUAUGUCCACUAACAAAUAACAAUCAACAAAUGACUCAAUAUAAUGUAUACAUGUCAUUGAAAAUCAUAAAAAUGAAAGCUUUAAAUAACACAUAUGAAUGAUUUUAAAAA